UUAUUUCAAAAAUCAAGACAAACUAGAGAACGAGAGAAGACUUCCACUUCCCAUUCAUUCACCGACGACUUCGGAUUCCGCGGUUUCUCUCUCGUUCUCCGCCCUUUUUUCGGGAUUUGAGUUUUUUUUCGGAGGAUUCGGGAUUCAAAUUCCAGAUGGGAACACCCCAAUUCCCAGAUCUCGGAAAGCAUUGCACUGUCGAGGAUUGCAAGCAAAUCGAUUUCUUGCCUUUUACCUGCGACCGCUGCCGCCAGGUGUUCUGUUUGGAGCACCGUAGCUACGUUAAACACAAUUGUCCAGCAGCUGAUAGAAAAAACGUAACUGUUGUCAUCUGCCCACUUUGUGCAAAAGGGGUUCGCCUGAAUCCUGAUGAGGAUCCAAACAUCACUUGGGAGACUCAUGUCAAUUCUGAGUGUGACCCUUCGAAUUAUGAGAAAGUCACGAAGAAGAAGAAAUGUCCUGUCCCCGGCUGCAAGGAGGUGCUAACAUUCUCAAACACACUCAAGUGCAAGGACUGCAAUGUAGAUCACUGUUUGAAGCACAGGUUUGGAACUGACCACAAUUGUUCUGGACCACGGAAACCUGAUUCGGGGUUUCCGUUCAUUGGUCUUUUGAAUAGGAUAAGAAGCGAUGUUUCGGAACCUAAGAAAGCUCCUCCUACAUCUUCAUCAAAGUGGGCUGCGAGUUUUCUUAAUGCAGCUUCCAAUGUUCGAGCAUCUGCUGAAGCAGGAAUGACGAAGUUGGGGCAGAUGGCAAGAGAUGGGUUGGGGUCAAGUAGCAGCAACGGGAGAGGAGAAACUGCUCAAACGGAGGAGUGUCCUCAGUGUGGUGCAAAGUUUUCUUCGGUAACGACGCUGGUAGAGCAUGUGGAGAAGGUCCAUGAAAAGAAAGGGAAUCAAGGUCAUGUAAACAAGGUUACAAUAGACGCAUGCCCAAAGUGUAGUAAAGGAUUUUGUGAUCCAGUGGCCCUAGUUGAGCACGUUGAGAGGGAUCAUGGUGGUACUUCGAAAGCUUAGAAAGAUUUGAUCACCAAACAAAGUACUCUCCCUUACAAACUUGUACUUUUAAGUCACAUUUUUUCGUCGAUCGAGGCUCAAUGAGAGUAAAUAACUUCUGAGCACGUCAUUCAAAUUGUAGUGGCUCAAUCUGUAAGCUAUCAGUUCGCCUUAGCUGCUGAGAGCCAAAUUGAUCUUUUGUAUUUUCACUAUUGUUCAACUUGUUGAUUCUAUAAUUAAACACAUUUUGGUGUGAAAGAUGUUGAAGAUCAAGAAGGUUCCCACCAACAAUUUGGAGUUGAA